UUCGUUGUGUCAGCUGACGGUUUAGCUUGCUGUCUUUUUCCCUCAAAACGUCGGAAUGGCAGCAACGUGUACCCAUGUCCAGCCCAUCGAGUGGACCACUGACUGUAAGAACCAGAAUUAUGAUGGCAUAGUCUUGGUGACCCAGAGUUAUGACACGCUGCCCAAGGAGCUGGAAUGUCUGAAAGCACCUCUGCAGGACUACAGCUCUGUGGACUGUGGUCUGGGAGAUAAGGUGGUGGUAUUGAUGGUUCCGGGGUUGCCUGGUAAACGCUUGGUGUUUGCGUCCACCGGGCCCGUUAACCGGGACUACGAUGACGUCCGACGCUUCAGCGACGCAGCCGUUAAUGGCAUCAAGAGGGCCAUGAAGGCAGGCAUGCAGCGCCCCCUGCUGGUCUGUCCUCGUCACAGCAGCUAUGACAGGAGCACCAUGGUUGCUGCCCUAGGGGCCCUGCACGCCCUCUACAUGCCUCUGGAGGUGAGGGAGGUGUGUGUAAAGCCCAGCCCGUAUAAAGUGUGUGUUCUAGGGUUGUGGGUGGACCAGGAGGCCCAGGGAAAGGAGUUGGUGGAUCUGGUCUCUGCUCUGGAGAGUGGACGGCUUGCUUGCCGUGACAUAGGAGGGUCUGACCCUGAGAGGAUGGCUGCUCCUCGUGUAGCUGAGUACGUCCAGGCCCUCUUUAAGGAGAGCCCAGUGCAGGUGGAUGUGGUGAGUGAUCUGAAGGUGCUGGAGAAGGAGUAUCCCUGCCUCGCUGCUGUGAACCGCUGUGCCAAUGCUGUGCCUCGUCACCAGGCCAGAGUAAUCAAGCUGCAGUACUGUGGAGAAGGACCCGUUCAACACACACUGAUGCUGGUCGGCAAGGGCAUCACCUAUGACACCGGUGGAGCUGACAUCAAGGCUGGUGGCAUCAUGGCUGGCAUGCACAGAGAUAAGUGUGGUGCUGCUGCUGUAGCUGGGUUCUUCCAGGUCCUGGCCAAACUCAAGCCCAAGCAUCUGAAGGUGGUGGGUAGCAUGGCGAUGGUGAGGAACAGCGUGGGCUCAGACUGCUACGUAGCUGAUGAGCUGGUGGUGUCCCGUGCGGGUCGCAGGGUUCGCGUAGGGAACACAGAUGCUGAGGGACGCAUGGUGAUGGUCGACCUGCUUUGUGAGAUGAAAGAGAAGGCGGUACGUGAGGUAUCUCCUCAGCUGUUUACCAUUGCCACUCUGACAGGACAUGCCAUCAGAGCCAUGGGACCCAACUACUCUAUCAUCAUGGACAAUGGAGCUGCCCAUCGCUCUGGCAAUGCCCGUCAGUGGCAGAAAGCAGGGGAGGUUCUGGGUGAUCUGUUUGAGGUGUCCAGUAUCAGGCGUGAAGACUAUGACUUCCAUAAGGGGAAGUCAGAGUAUGAGGAGAUUCUGCAAAGCAACAACCUACCAUCCUCUGCUACCCCCCGUGGACAUCAGACCCCCGCUGCCUUCCUCAUCAUGGCCUCUGGGCUGGACAAGCACGGCGUGGACUCUGGCACUCCUCUGCCUUACUCUCACAUCGACAUCGCUGGCUCUAGCGGCCCCUUCCCUGGUGUUCCCACCGGCGCUCCAAUCCUCGCCAUGGCUACCAACUACAUCCUGCCCCGUGCCUAUCAACCCAACGACGCCCUGCCCAGAGCCUAGCAAUUUGAUGAUAGAAAUAGAAUGUGUCAAAUGGACCCUAUUUUCCGUCUCAUGAGAAAUAUCACAUAGAGCAGUCCUGAUAGUGCCAGUUCAAUUGAUGUUUCACAAAGUAUUCAUGAAAACAGAUAUCCAUCAAUGAUAUUGGCAGUUAAUUUUGAUCAUUCCAAUACCUCUAAAAUCUGUUGUUCUAUAGAUUAUAUUUCUAAGAUUCUGCUACUGUUUAUCAUUCAAUCUCAAAUGUCAAUUUUUUUUACCCCUAUUUCUAACAUGAGUCACUGUAUUGAAUACACUCUCAAUUACCAAACACGCUUUGUUGUUCAUGCAGCCAUUUUGUGAGUUGCAGGUCAGGUGGUUGUGUGCCAGACAAUAUCAAGUACAAUAUCAAGCAUAAUACAUUUUGUUUUUGUUUAUUUCAAUCAAUGUUAGCUGUUGCUAGUUCCAGGUAUUGCGAAAUGGGUACAGGUUACAUAGGUAGGCCUAUUAGGUCAGCAAUCAUAUGGUUGUAAGUCUAUUUGUAUUCAUUAAGGAUCCCCAUUAGCUACUCAUCCUGGGGCCCAACAACAUUAAGUCAGUUUUAUACAAUUAAAAUAUUACGUUACAUUUGAUAACACUUCACAACCAAUUGUGUGCUCUCAGGUCACCACUCUACUACCACACAGGGGUGCAACUUUCACUGGGAACAUGCCCCCCCCCCCAAUACUGAAAUUGUAUUUUUGUCCCUCCCCAGUUUUAUCAUUGGAUAAAGCAGUCGGGUAGGCUGUUUGGAGUGUUUAUCUGACAAAUAAAGAUAUAUAUAUAUAUAUAUAUCAUAAUUAUG